CUUGUUCGUGAUAAAGAUACACAUUGACAAGUUGGCCGACAGCUUGAUCGGCUAGCAGCUACGUGAUCGCAGAAGCGAAUGUUAUCAAAGACUGAGUUCACUUUGGCUCUUUACGGGCAGUCAAAGUAUAUGGGCCUGUAUAAUGUAGCUCGUUUGAACACAAUGAGUCAGAGGGAGGGCAGCCUCACCCAAGCGACAACCAAACGGAUUAAUAAAUAACACCACAGACCUACAAACCUCUUCUUUUUUUUCUCUCAUCUUGAACGUUUUGUACCUAUGUAGAAUGUUUCUAUAUAGUCAUUGAAUAAAGUAUUCGAGUUUCAGACAUUUCUAUACCUUACAGGUAAAAAAAACAUUCUAUUCCAAACAAGCAACGGGUUUUAAACAAGUUUGAAACUAUUUCACAUUUGACCUACUGUAGGCUACCGAGCAGGCUUGACUUCCUGUUUCCCAGGGUUUUUUUGCAUUCAGUGUCAAAAGUGCUCCGCGUCUCUGGAGUCAGUCAGACAAACCGAAAACAGGAAAAUGGUCUAUUCUAAAAUGGUUUUCUCUGCGUCAAGAACAAUGGAACAACAAAGACUUUAGACUUUUCAUUUUAGGCUAAAUGCUGUCUAGAUUUAGGUAAAGUUUAAAACAACCUACUUUUCUUCCUCUCAUUAUUACGUAGUGUAGUUAGUUUUCAAAGACAGACAAGUUUUUUUGGGGACAUUGGAGCUCCUCUAGCCAACCCCUGACCAGGUGAAGGACAUGUCAUGUGGCGUCUCUCUCCCCGAGGAGGACCUCUACUGUCCUGUUUGCAUUGACAUCUUCAGUGACCCUGUCCUGCUGACAUGCAGCCACAGCGUCUGUCGGAGCUGUAUCCAGCGCUGCUGGGACACUUCAGCCUCCAGAGAGUGCCCAGUCUGCAGGUGCAGGGCCUCCAAGCACAGCCCGCCCUCCAACCUGGCCCUAAAGAACCUCUGUGAGGCCUUGGUACAGAGCAGGCGGGAGAGCCAUGCAGGCAGGGAGAGAUUACUCUGCAGCCUGCACGGGGAGCAAUUUAAAUUAUUCUGCCUGGACGACAUGCAGCCUGUCUGUGUGGUGUGCCAAUCCUCCAAAAUGCACAAACACCAUGAGUGUUCACCGAUAGAGGAGGCGGCACUGGAUUGCAAGAAUGAGAUCUGUGCUUCACUGAAGACCCUGAAAGACACUCUGGACUCCCUCACCAGGGUACCCAAUACAUUAAAGACCACGCUAGCACACAUAAAGAGUCAGGCUCUGGAGACUGAACAAAAGAUGAAAGACCAGUUUGGACAGUUGCACCAGUUUCUUUAUGAGGAGGAGACGGCCAUGUUAGCUGGUCUGAGGGAGGAGGAGGAGGAGAAGAGGAGCCUUGUGAUGAUAGCGAUGACAGAGACUGCUGCAAGGACACUGUCUCUCACAGAGAAUAUCGCAGUCCUCGAGAAGGAGAUUGCGGAAGAUGACAUGACAUUGCUACAGAACUUCAAAGCCACUUUGGAAAGAGGGAGCUGUGUGCCACAGCCUUCAGUGACAGUUUCAGGGACACUUGUUGAUGUGGCCAAACAUCUGUGUAAUCUCAAAUACAGAGUCUGGGAGAGAAUGUCACACCAUGUGGAUAAAGCUCCUGUGAUUUUGGAUCCAAACACAGCCCACCCCUGCCUCAUCUUGUCUGAUGACCUGACUUCACUCCACUACAGCAGCUUGCCCCUGGGUGUCCCUGACAACCCUGAGCGCUUUCACAUGAGUGCAGAGGUAGUGGGCACGACAGGACUGGGCUCAGGGAGUCACUGCUGGGAAGUGGAAACAGGAAGUAACGAGGACUGGAUUCUGGGUGUGGUCAGUGAGUCUGUACCGAGAGCGGCUGAGGCGUUAGCCAGGCCUGAGAAUGGCUUCUGGACCUUGUGUCUGAGGAAUAAAGAGUACAGAGCCAUGACCUCUCCCCCAACACUGCUGGCUGUUGCUAGGAAACCCCAAAGGGUCAGAGUGCAGAUGGACUGGGACAAGGGGGAGGUGUCUUUCUUUGACUCCACUGAUCGAGAUGCGGCCUUGUACUCAUUCUCGCAAACCAAGUUUACAGAGAGAGUUUUCCCAUAUUUUUAUACACAAAGUAAACACCCGCUGAGAAUCCUUAAUGAUGAAAAACAAUGUUUUGGAUGAAAACAAUUAGAUUUUAAUGACAAUGUCAGAAAUGAUGGGGUUAUGAAAAUGACAGAGUGACUUGAGAGUUUCAUUUUUACUUCAUGUAAUGUCAUUUCCAUAUUCUAUGAAUGAUGAUCAAUAAUCGACUUUUUACUUUCCAAGGAAAUGAUCUUGAAUAUAAAAAUGUGCAUGUUUCCACAUGCAGUUUUAAACUUGUACACAUGGUGGCGGCCCAGCUCCAGCUGAAUGUAAUCCAUAGAGAAGAGGAUGACGCUUACCCAUAAUAUCUCAUUUGCUCUUUAUAUAUUUCUUCGUAAGAAAAUGUACAAGCUGAUGUGGCUACAUGAAUACAUCAAUGUUUAAUAGAACUCUGCUUCAAAC